UGGUCGGGCAAAUUCAGACUGAUUCAGGCAGAAAAAACAAGCAGAGGCUAUUUUUUUUAGCAGCGAGCGUUUGGUAUCAGCGUUUACACCUGUGUGGCCUUCAAUCGCUCGCACCUGCGCCCGCACCGCCCAUCCCUCCCCCCGAUUCCUGAAAUAGCGACAACUGCGGCGCAUUUGCUUUCCUUUGUGUGUUUUGACUGUUUCGUCUGUUUAAGCCCAAAAAGCAAAGAAAGGCCCGUAGUCACAACUCACAGGCAUUGGUGGUACUUUCUGCUGCUUAAACAAUUGGCCAAAAUGCUGUGGACCGUGCAUCUGGACGGUGGGCCGCAGCGGGUUAAUCACGCGGCAGUGGGCGUGGGCGACUUCAUCUAUAGCUUCGGCGGCUACUGCACUGGAUACGAUUAUCGCUACAACGAGCCCAUCGAUGUCCACGCCCUAAACGUCCAUACAAUGCGCUGGACAUUGGUGCCCCAGCAACUGGACGCCGAUGGGGUGCCACUGAAAUAUCCGCUGGUACCCUUCCAACGCUACGGACACACAGUGGUGGCCUACAAGGAACGCAUAUACAUCUGGGGUGGUCGCAACGACGAGAACCUGUGCAAUGCAAUCUACUGUUUCGAUCCCAAGACGGCCCAGUGGUCAAGACCCCAGGUCACCGGCUGUCUGCCGGGAGCACGAGAUGGCCAUUCGGCCUGUGUCAUCGGCAACAGCAUGUACAUCUUUGGUGGCUUCGUGGACGAGAUCAAUGAGUUCAGCAGCGACGUACACUCUUUGAACCUGGACACCAUGGAGUGGCGCUAUGUGCAGACAUUUGGCGUGCCGCCCAGCUACAGGGACUUCCAUGCGGCAGUUGCCUACGAACAAAAGCGCAUGUACAUCUUUGGCGGACGAGGCGAUAAGCAUAGUCCUUACCAUAGCCAGGAGGAGACCUACUGCCACGAGAUUGUCUACCUGAACAUGAAGACCAAGGUUUGGCAUCGACCAUUCACGGCCGGAAAGGUGCCAGUGGGGCGGCGUAGCCACAGCAUGUUCGUCUACAACAAACUGAUAUAUGUCUUCGGGGGCUAUAAUGGCCUGCUGGAUCAGCAUUUCAAUGAUCUGUACACCUUCGAUCCGCGCACCAAGCUGUGGAACCUGAUAAGGGCCAACGGCAAGGCGCCGACCGCGCGUCGAAGGCAGUGUGCCAUUGUGGUGGGCACUAGGAUGUUCCUGUUCGGCGGCACCAGUCCCAGAGGUGGCUCUUCCGUCACGCAAGCAGCUGCUUUACCCACUCAGGAGGCAGGCGGAGUUGUUCCUAUCGGCGUAUCGCUAAUCGACUAUAGUGAUCUGCAUGUGCUCGACUUUGAGCCCACCCUGAAAACCCUGUCCACCAUGGUGGUGUUGAAACACCAGAUGGACAUCUCUGGGCUGCCAAGGAGCUUCCGCUCUGAUCUGCAGAUGCUGACGCAGCCGAACAGUAUUAGCCGGCCGAUCAACCAGGCCGGCUAGCAUCCAAAACCCUAAAGGAUAAUCCAGAGUCGACUGCCACACAAAAAGAAAAAAACGGAAUGGGGAGAAAAAACAUCACGGAGCCACUAGUCCGGUUCUUCGUAUUUGAAACCAUUGGAGGAGCAAGCUCGAAUUAUGUUUGUGAGAGAGAUGGCGUAGGGAGGCGAAGAACCUGAGAGAAAAAGAGAGAGAAGCCCCAGUAGUUAUAAAGUUUUAGAAACUUGCUUUUGGUACUUCUGAUAGCUGCUAAAUAAUACACAAUAAUACUGAUUAUGCGAAUGAUAUUAUAAUAGAGAUGUAGUUCGUAAAACAUUUAUAAAUCGUCAUUAAAUAAAAUCUCCAUUAACAUUA